AUGAUCAACCUAGACAUUGCAAACCUGAACGAUGUGAAUUUAAUUUUAGAAAGGUUUGAGGCACACGACCGAUUUAUCGAAGCCAAAAUUGAGUUGUUCGAAGAAAUUGACAAAGCGCCCCACAGUUACAGCGGCAGUGUAGGAGCGGACUUAGCAGGAGACGGCAACAGCGGCAACAACGGAAACAACGGCAACAACGGAAACAGCGGCGACAGCGGCAACAACGGAAACAGCGGAAACAGCGGCAGCAGCAGCAAGGAGGUUACACCGUCAAGUAUAGAAAUAUCCACCUCAGUUGGGACAGCAGCAGACACGACGAGCACUACCCAUUGUAGCAGAAAACGGGGGGCACAGAAAACUCCGAUAAAGAAAAAAGUGCCAGAAUUGAUAAACACUAAGGAGAAGAAAAACAUCCUCACAGAUGUUAUCAACAUAUUAAAUUAUGUAUUCCCAGAUUAUGAGUUUAAAUUUUUAAAUAAGUCCAAUUUGAAGCAGAUAAAAAAUAUGGACACAGUUAUCGAUACCAUUAAUUAUAGUUUAUUCUACGUCAUUGAGAAUAUAUAUCGCGGUUUUAAUAAAAGGAUUUGGAAGAUUUUAAAAGAGCUCAUCGAUUUUAAAUAUUGUGAUGUGUACACCUACUUGAAUGACACAGACAAUGAUCCGUAUGUGGACAAAGAAAGCAUUUCAAGCUUUAAUUAUUUUUUUUUUGCGAAAAAGAAUAGAAGAAUUCUCUUCAUUUCGUGCAUUACUAAGCCGAAAUAUAAACACCAGAAUGAUGAAGACUUUAACAAUAUCUUUUUAGGCAUGCAAGAUGAGCCCUCCGUGAAUAAUCAAAAUGAAUAUGACGAGGAGGAUUCAUCGGGCUAG